CAGUUCUGCCAGCAAGAACACAACAUGUCGAAGAAUUAUGAUUACCUGUUUAGACUCCUUUUAGUUGGAGAUAGCGGCGUGGGAAAAACUUGUAUCCUGGUCCGAUUUGUAGAAAACACAUUUACUUCUUCAUAUAUCUCUACAAUUGGAAUAGAUUUCAAAAUAAGAACCGUGGAGAUCGGUAAGUACAAAGGCUACAUCAGUUUAUCAUGCGCCGCGCAAAAUGUGUGAGCUCCCGUGAGUCGUGCAUGUAUAUGCGGGUCGUAUUUACCAUGAACGCUCUCAAAUAUAAAUUUUGAGUAUGAAAUAGCUCAAAAUAAGUUUAUUUUGCCCUCAAAUUCAUUAAAACUUGCGCGGAUAGAGAAAUAUCAACAGUAUAUUAUCGCAGACUUUGAAAUAAUCAAGUCCGAGCGUGUGGUUUAUAUUGUUUUGCAAUAUUUUUCCAAAUUCCCUCAUACUGAAGGAUAUACAUGCACAUACGUAGAUUGCAUGUUCAAAGCUCAAAAAUUUCGCAAAUAAUUUUUGUUUUGACAUUCGCAAUAUUUUUAGUACGAAUGCUGCUAUUCACAUCUGUAUUUUUUGUCAUGUUCCUUAUGAAAUGAUGCUGAAAUAUAUCAGAGUAUUGAAUAUUUGUGUUUGCAGGUAUAAAUUUGCACUUUUUAUAUUUUAAAUGUUUAGAUUGGCUUAAUUACUUCAAAUAAAACUGUAUCUAGUAGCUACGAAUAAAGGUUACCACAUAUACUAACAUACUGACAUGAGAAAAUUUACUUUCGAAAUUUGCGGGCUUUCGAACUAUAAAAUUUAUUGUUCCCGGUAUCACAAAUCCUACUUCCGGUCACGAGAUGAGAACCUGCGAUCCAUGUGACCGCCGCUGGGCCAAAUCCUGUUCCAAUAGACCUCUUUAAUAGCUUGUAUGUUUUGUUUCCCAAUACAGGUCAUGUGAUAAUACUCUAGAGAACUGUUUCUUUCAAAUUUCCUCUUAUUCACGUGCAUAUGUAUGCAUGAUUUAUGAAAGUUCUCCCGGGACCUCUAGAGGCUCUAUUGGGAAAACAAAACAUACAAGCUAAAGAGAGUCUAUUGUGUUUGAGGUGUUUGAAAUGGGCAUUACGUAUGUCUGUGUUUUUAAUUCUUUCUAGAUGGUAAAAAGGUCAAGCUACAGAUCUGGGAUACGGCCGGCCAGGAAAGGUAUCAUAAAAAAUAAUAAAAACCCUUGAAUGUAGAGGUCCACUCAAUGCGCAUGCGUAAAUAGGGACCUCAAGCAACGACAACGACGACAGCAGUGAGCUGCAGUGAAAACGUCGCUAAAAAAAAUGAGUUUGCGUUCUUUCAAACUUAAUCGCGUUUAUUUGGACCCGCUCAAUAUGUCAAAUGCCGGCGACUUUUCCUGGAGUUGAAUUCUUAAGGAUUCUAUUCAAGUUCAAAAAGAGGAAGGAAAAUUCGUCGUCGGAUGUCCACGUCCGCCAUUAAAAGUCAAAUUAGGAGGUUUCACGUCGUAGUCGUGCAGUGGACGUCAAAGAAAUGUACUAAAAAGCGUGCAGCGUGCACGUGCAGAGCUGUCGUUUUGAUCAUUAAACCUGUUGUUUUUUGAAGUUGUUGUCGUCGUCGUAGUUGCUCAAGGUCCUUAACAAAACUGACUAGUUCUUUCUUGCCGGCGGAUCUCUAAGGUAGAGAUGCUAAUGCCAGACAUCGCUUGAAGUGGGAAUUAAAACAAAACUUAAUGCAGGGCUGGCAAUAUGGCAAAGGGCUGAUGUAUUUGAGGCUAAUAUUUCAGCUAACAAAAUUAGCCUUCCACAGGGCCAGAGCUACAUUGAAAAAGAAUACCAUAAUGGCUCCUGAAAUUUGAAUUCAAAUUUGUUAAAUGGUUUCCGAGACUCAGUUAUGCAGAGGCCUCUAGAACCUCAUAGGAAUUGCACCUUGUUAUGCCGAUCGCCAUGCUGUGAUUCAAUACUCGAUAUCCUCUUUUUUCUAGAUUUUACACCAUCACCGCAACCUGUUAUCGCCGAGCUAUGGGGAUAAUGGUCGUCUAUGACGUCACAGCCGAGAAGUCCUACACCAGCGUGAAAACAUGGAUGGCUAAAAUAUCAGAAAAUACGAACAAAAACGUAAAGAAAGUCCUCGUUGCUAACAAGUGUGACCUUCAAGACGAACGCGCGGUAAGCAAAGAUAGAGGGGCGUCACUGGCCGAAAGUCUUGGUAUAUCGUACGUGGAAGUGAGUGCCCUGUCAAAUUCAAAUGUCGAAGAGGCGUUUAUGACCUUAGCAAAAGACAUUUUAGAAAGAGUAUUACGUUUUGGAACAGAUGAAACUGCUGCCCUUGGAGACGAAAAGAAAUCGUUAGAGGAGAAAGGUUCUUUCUGUGCAUCCUGCUAGAGAGGUCAGGUGUUGUCCUGUCAUGAUCAAAUUUGGCAGGUAUCUUGCUCGGGCUUAUUCCAGCUUUAGUUCCACAUGUUGUAAGAACGAUGUUUAAGAAUUACUCUCGGCAUUUCCUUCAACUUUAAUGAUGUAACUGUAAUGAUUGGGCCCUAUUAUUUUUCCCAGCCUGGAAACUCGGCCGUAUUUCCAUUUGUCGCUUCUCUCCGCCCGCAAUACGUCUGCGUUCGCAGGCUCUCUAAUCUCCCACGCUGACGUUUUCGGGCCUCGUCGCUGUACACGUUCCUUCCCCACAACGGAUGGGUAUGGAACGAGUGACCAAGUCCUGAGAAAGACUGCGAGGGAGGCUACAGGCUUUUCCAUUUCUUUGGUUUUGUUUAAUACUCUCUUUCCCUGCUCGUUUUCUCUCUCAAAGUUAAGACCGCCACGAUUAAUAAGAACAAGGAUACACAACGGUCAGUGGACUUACGUACGCCGCCCCAAUUUCACCGUAGUUUCAUUAUAAUAUAAAAUAACUUUAGAUAGAGUCUAAUUAAAUUGACAAGAUGACGGAUUUUUUAAGUCGUCUUGUGAAAACCAAUAGCUGGUCGUAAACUGGUGUUUGGGAUUUAAAAGAAUCGAGAACAUUAGCAAACAUUCACCUACUUACCCUGUAAAUCAGUUAAAUCAGAGAUUUUGCAAUGUUGCCCCAAGAAUUCUUGCCGGGAAAUAUUCUCAUAAUGUCUUGGUAUGAGAGCGCGCGUGAUUGGAGAACAUCCUGUUAUAUAUUUCAAUUAGAUUUACGCUGAAUUCCUGUGACUCCAAAACCCUGAUAAAAGGGAUUUCAAGUAAGCCGUGGCAGCGUCUUUAAGGAAACUUAAGCACUUGGGUAUGAAUAUCGCGUAUUAUCGCCGUUUCUUUUACUUCACCGGCUCCAACACUGCGACUUUUUAUGACGUCCUAUGCUUGAUGCUACCAUAGCUAAGAAUCGAACUUGCUUCAUACCUUAGCCUGCGUGGCAGGCGCCGCGCGAGGGGAACUCGCGAAGGGGAGAGGAGGCCUCCGCUCCGUUUCUGCCCUCGUACGCGCGCGCACGUCCUCGAAAUUUCCUCCUUCGCCCUAAAAAACCGGCGCCUACUACGCAGGCUAUUCCUACCUAGGCAUUAGCACUACAUUAUGGAGCUGCUAGUUUGUGUCUUUGAAAACGUUACAGUCAAGAAGACUU